AUGAUCAAAUAUCAGUGGGUCUCCGGCGCUGCCAUGGCGGGAAGCAACACUCCGAUAUUCAACGAUCUUCUCUGUUUCUUCAGCGGGAAAUUACGUGUCGUCUCGCGUCACGCCUUAACUGAUGCCGUCGCUCGGUUUUACAGUAGCGACGAAGUGAAGUUGGCCUACGACAUACUGCAGGACUGUCUGAGCAGAGGCAGCGACCAGGGCAGUGCAGACGGCAGAGGCGGCGGCGGCAUCAACUUCGACUCUAAAACGGACGUGCCAACGACAUGCCGUUCUUCGUGGUGUCGGGACGUGAACAACAUUCCCACCUGCAGUAGCGACGACGGAGGCCGCGCUUUGCCAGAUGUGGGGCGCCUCAGCCUCCAUACCUCGUCGUCCGCCCUCGGCAUCGGCUCCGAGGAUCAGCGAGGGGCUCACGAAGGGCAGCCGGACGCGCAGGCAGCUCCUGGUCGUUCAAGGGAUGUCGUCGAACAGAUUUUUUCAGAAGUGGACGUCAACUCCUCCCUCAUGAUGGAGGCGCAGGCCAGGCUGAGGACCUGCCAAGAAAGUUCGCCGAGGACGCCGCCGAAGGUGACCGAUCCUGACCUCGGGACGCUAGAAGCCCUACAGCAGGAGCUCUCCGCGACCUACGCGUCCUACACGAAGGUCGACCUCGCGUCCGGUAUGAUAUCCCAGGACACCUGCCACGUUGACAAGAUAUACUUUCCAAUCAAUAUGGAGCAAGAGGACCCGGCUUCAAAGAGAAGGGAAAGUCGCGAAUCGUUUCUGAAAUCCACGCUGAAGGGGACCUUGCCGAGCGUCCUCAUCGUCAACGGGGAGAGCGGAAGCGGCAAGACGGUUCUCUACAAGAAGCUCAUCGCCGACUGGACCGCCCGGGGCUCGCGUGGAAGCGCCGUGGCUGACUUCGACCUGGUCUUCAAGACCGAGUGUCAGAGACAACCAGGUCCUUCGGCCAGUUGCUCCGCCAGCUUUUGCCCAGCACCGUGAUUU